CUGGACGGAGUCGCCGGUUUUCACUUCCUUGAUGCCCACAGCUAACAGAGCUGCACAAUGAAAAUACUCACUUUAUUCAGCUUAUUUGCCACCUAUUCAUCAGCAAACAGCAUCAACAUCGAAGAAAGCGCAGGGCAGUUGUUUAGCAGUGGUCAUACAAACAACUGGGCUGUUCUGGUGUGUACAUCCAGAUUCUGGUUCAACUACCGUCAUGUGGCAAACACUUUAUCCGUCUACAGGAGUGUUAAGAGGCUGGGCAUUCCUGACAGCCGCAUAGUUCUCAUGCUGGCUGAUGACAUGGCUUGUAACCACAGAAACCCCAAGCCUGCCACCGUGUUCAGCCACAAGAACAUGGAGCUGAACGUGUACGGUGACGACGUGGAGGUGGACUACAGAGGAUAUGAGGUGACCGUGGAGAACUUCCUGCGUGUUUUGACGGGCCGGCUGCCGCCCAGCACGCCGCGCUCCAAACGCCUCCUCUCUGACGACCGGAGCAACAUCCUCAUAUAUCUGACAGGUAACUAA